AUGUAAUUACUAUCUAUGGACGAUAAUAAAAAAAUAGGCUUAGGUCUUGUGAUUUUAGGUCUAUCUUGCUAUCUUUUAGGAAUCAUUUUAUUCUUUGAUAGAGCACUUUUCCUCAUUGCAAAUCUAAGUUUCUUAAUAGGUAUGUACAUGUUCAUAGGUUUGAAAUAAACUAUAGCCUUCUUUAGUAAAAAAACCAAUUUCAAAGGUUCUCUAGUGUAUUUUGGUGGUUUUGCUAUAAUUGUGUUUGGAUUCUCAUUUAUUGGAUUUUGUAUUUAAAUGUACGGACUAUUCCUUUUAUUUAAAACCUUCUUGCCACUACUUUAUGAUCCAAUUUGUAGAAUUCCUAUUAUUGGCAAAUACUUCAGAAGCGAUGCAGUCAAGAAUACAAUUAAUAAUAUAGCUUAAAAGGGACCUAGCGUUUGA